CAGGGGCUUGGGGGGCUGUCUGAGGGGCGCUUAAGGGACUCGCCGGAUCGCGAAGUGCGUGUAGGGGAAGGGACUUUCGGGGAAGGGGGGGUCACCGGAGCGGAUCUCCAGAGCCUGCGGAUCGGGGCAUCUGCCACGCGGGAUGCUGAGGAGGGGGCGCCGCCAAUUCUGAGACCACCGACCCCCUCCCUGCCCUUCUUUCCUCUCUACACCAUGAUGGGCACCAGGCUUUGGGGGUUGCUUUGCCUGUGGGGAGUCCUGGCAACAACUUGUAUGGCUGUGCAAUUUGUUCCUGCAAAGACCUAUGAGGACUGGUGGGCUUACAAGGAGACUCUUCACGGUAGCUUUGUGCCAGGUCCCCCUUUCUGGGGUCUCGUGAAUUCGGCUUGGAGUCUGUGCGCCAUUGGCAAACGCCAGUCACCUGUGGACAUCAACACAAGCCACAUGGUAUUUGACCCUUUCCUUCCUCCACUUCGACUAAGCACAGGUGGGAAGAAGAUCAGUGGCACCAUGUACAACACGGGGCGGCAUGUCUCCUUUCGUCCGGACCCGCUGCAGCUGGUUAAUGUCUCUGGGGGCCCGCUGUUGUACAGCCAUCGGCUCCAGGAGCUACGCCUCCACUUUGGAAGCGAAGAUGGAUUCGGUUCUGAGCACCAGAUCGACAGCGAGAGCUUUUCUGCUGAGGUGCAGUUGAUUCACUACAACCAAGAGCUCUACCCCAACAUCUCAGAAGCCUCACGCAAUCCCAAUGGGCUGGCUGUUAUUUCGAUCUUUGCUAAUGUUGGACCAAGCCCCAACCCCUUCCUAACCAGGCUGUUAAACAGAGAGACGAUUACCCGGAUCUCAUAUAAGAAUGAUGCUUACCUCCUACAUGAUUUGAGCCUGGAAGAUCUUUACCCAGAGACAUUUGGUUUCAUCACCUACCAAGGUUCCAUGUCAACCCCUCCCUGCUAUGAGACAGCCACCUGGAUCCUUGUUGACCGACCCAUCAACAUCACCUCUGUACAGAUACAUUCCCUUCGUCUUCUCAGCCAGAACCUCCCUUCCCAAAUUUUCCGGAGCAUGAGUGACAACUCAAGACCACUUCAGCCCCUCUUACAACGAAGCCUUCGGAGCAACCGUGAUCCACGGCGUCCCACUCGACGUUGCAAAGGGGCCAGCUACCGGCUACAUGUUGAUGGUACGCGGCCUCCCAAAACAGUUGUGUAGCUGAGGUCCGUUGCAGCAUGUUUUGUCUCAUUGAAUGUUUGAGGGUGGCUGCUGUUGCUCCCUCAAAAUGUGAUGUCUAACUGAGGAAGCUACAACCUCCCACCUCUGGGUGACUCGUUUGCCUCCCACCAUGCAAAAGGGGAAUAACAGGGGUCCCUGUGAACCCACAGUUAGGAGGUUUUACCUCAAGGGUGUUUGGAAUACAAUGGUCUCAAUAUGGCUUCCAGAGGUUUACGAAAACACCAGCAGGUUAAGGAGUGUGGCAUGCUCCCAAUUAAACAGCCAUGUCUUAAAAAGAAAUGGAGGGAGGGGCAGACACUUCAGAACUAGAAACUUGACCACUGAUAUUGCUUCCUUUCUUUCCAAAGGGCACUCAUGUUUGUUCUGGGCAGUCCAUAGAAUCAAAACCUCUAUAGGUUCCCAAACGUUAUGGAAGACAGAAUGUACUCCCAAAUUCUGGAUAUCCAGGUUAAGCUAGGCUGCCACCCACCCAAACAACACACGUACCUUGAAGAUGUUUCGUUGGGCGUAUACUCAUAGAAGACAGUUCCUAGAAUGUCCAGUCAUACCUCCAAGAUACUUGUGGGACUGUCUGUAAACCUCAGGGCCCUUGGGGCACAAAAAUCAAAAUGGGACUGUCCCUCCAAAUGCUAAUGAACUGAACCUCAGACUGUUUGUAGGACAAUACAAAGAGUCAUGGGAACUACCCCACAAACCUGAGCUUCUUUCAUUGUGUGGGGACAGAGACAUGCGUGUGGAACCUCACCCCACUUUCUGUGUUAAUCGUGAGGGAAUCGGGGUGGGAAAAGACAAAGGGUCCCCUCCCAACUCUCAAUAUAUCCCAAGAGGUUUGGGAGAGCAGAAAAUACACAGGAAUAUGAUGAAAAUGUCUGAAUGACCUUCCAGAACCUCAGCUGGGAAGCAGGAGAGGAAUGAAUGUUAUUGCCAAAAGACUCCACCUUUUGAAUACAGAUGAAUAGAAUUAAUUUAAAAUAAAAUAAA